UGCAAAUCUGGGGUUGUCUCUGCGCUCCCUCAACUCCCAAGGAAAAAGGCUAACCCUUAUUAUUUUUCAGAAAAAUGAACCGUUAAAAUUCUGUUGAUUAUUGUUCUCUAAGGGAAUCACGUUACCAAAUCAUUGUUUUCUUUUAUAUGAGAUCCAUUCUUAAAGGUACCCUUUUAGCCCUUUGAUUUGAUCGUUAUUCUGAGAGAGAAAAAGGGGUGCAGGAAGCCUCUGAAUUCUCCUUGUAGCUGGUCUAAGUGGUCAAGGGAGCUUAAGUGGAUUUCAUGUGUCAGGCAAGGUGGAAACAAGUUCAGAGGAGGGAUAAAGGUACCCUCCCUUGCCUUCUAAGGAUUCUGUGUAUAAGACCUUAAUGAGAAGCAGAUUAGUUGUUGACUUAAUCAGUUAACCAUUUUACCUUUUAAAAUUCAGGAAACUUAACCUAUUCACUAGGACGAGGAUUAGUACUUAACACAUAGAAAGUUCAAGAUAGAUUUACCCAAGUUGCAGAAUGCAGAGAUUGGAGUAGAAGUUAGUCCUUUUUAAUCAAUUGACCCAAUAUUUGCUUCACAAGAUAGAGUGGCAAUCCUUGGGAGGUUGGAAAAUGGCUUUUGUUUCGGAGGAAGAGAAAACUGAGGAUUAUCUUUUCAAGAUUGUACUCAUUGGUGAUUCAGCUGUUGGGAAAUCAAAUUUACUUGCAAGAUUUGCUAGGGAUGAGUUCUAUCCUAAUUCAAAGUCAACCAUAGGAGUAGAGUUUCAAACCCAGAAGAUGGAUAUUAAUGGGAAGGAAAUUAAGGCGCAGAUCUGGGAUACGGCUGGUCAGGAGCGCUUCAGGGCUGUUACAUCUGCAUAUUACCGAGGUGCAGUCGGAGCUCUCCUUGUGUAUGACAUCAGUAGACGACAGACUUUUGAUAGCAUUGGUAGAUGGCUAAAUGAACUUCACACUCACUCUGACAUGAAUGUAGUCACCAUUCUAGUAGGCAACAAGUCAGAUCUCAGGGAUGCCAGGGAAGUAUCCACUGCUGAAGGAAAGGCCCUGGCAGAGGCACAGGGGUUGUUUUUCAUGGAGACAUCUGCCCUUGAUUCCUCUAAUGUAGCAGCUGCCUUUCAGACUGUUGUUAAAGAGAUCUACAACAUAUUGAGCCGAAAAGUUAUGAUAUCUCAUGAGCUCAAGAAGCAGGAUGCUUCAUUGAACGGAAAGACUGUGGUGUUACACGGGGAUGAGACCCAACAAUCUGAUACAGGGGCUAAAAAGGGUGGGUGGUGCUGUUCAUCCUGACGCCACAGAAAACAUAAUCCUCUCCUCUGCUUACAUUUUCUGGUUCUCCGGCCUGAAGUUUCCACUGGAAGUUCCUGAUAUUUCUUCUUCAUGUGUUCAUUUCUUGAUGCCGUUAAAAUGUCUACUUAAAUAACAUUGGUUUUUGUUUGUUCAUGGUUCAUCUUGCGGUGGCUGAAGAAGAGACUUCAUGGAGUAACAAAUGUAAAUGAACUCGAGGGGGAUUGAAAGGGAAAAAAAAGAAAUCAAAUGAUAUAAUUUUUCGAAUGCCAGCAUAUUUCAUUUGCUUUGUUUA